GGAAAUAAUUGUACAGGAUAAUGUGGUGGAUGCUACAAGAGGGACUUAGAAAUUGUCGUAAUGAUAAGUGGAUAUUUUAGAAAAGUGAACAAUAACAAAUUUUAUCAGAGAGACCUAUAGAAUCAUCCAGUAAGAGAAGUUCAAAAAAUAAUGUUGAAUAGAAUACAAUAUAGAUGGGGAGCAAGAGUGAUUUAUUGUCUCAAAAAGCAAGAACAAUAAGUGUAGUUGAUGAGGAUAAGUAAAAGUAGAGAAAUGCAAUAGUGAAAAUAUAAUCUCAUUGGAGAGGAUAUAAAGUAAGGAAGGAAGUAUAUUAAAUGAUAAAGAGUUAAACAAGUGUAAGUAGUUAAGUGAGUAAAUCAACAGAAAGUUAUUUUGAUAGAUUGAGGAAUGAGUAAAAAUCAUAGAAGUAAUAAAGAGUUGAUUCAAUAGAUUAUCAAGACUGUAUAAUGGAUAAUAGACAGGUAAUGAGAGAUAGGGAUAUGGAAUUUAGAAGUGGCCAGAUGGAGCCACAUAUGAAGGAGAAUGGUAGAAUAAUAUGGCAAAUGGGAAAGGGGUGUUUAGGCAUACAGAUAGAAUAGAAUAUGCUGGAUAUUGGAGAAAUAAUAAAGCAUGUGGAUAUGGUAUUUUGAAAUCACCAAGUGGAGCAUAUUAUGAAGGAGAAUGGGAAGAUGAUUUAUAACAUGGAUUUGGAAAGGAGAAAUGGGCUGAUGGAUCAUUUUAUGAAGGCUAAUAUGUGAAGGGUCUAAAAUGUGGAAAGGGUAAAUAUGUUUGGAGUGAUAAAAGUUAUUAUGAAGGGGAAUGGUUGAAUAAUAAGAUACAUGGUUAAGGAGUAUAUAAUUGGAUUGAUGGAAGAGGGUAUAUUGGAUAAUGGAAGAAUGGAAUGAUGAAUGGAUAAGGAGAAUAUAGUUGGAUUGAUGGUCGUAAAUAUAUUGGAAAUUAUUUGAAUGAUUAAAAACAUGGAUAUGGAAUCUAUCGUUGGGUUGAUGGUAAAGAAUAUAGAGGAGAAUGGAAAUAUGGAUAAUAAAAUGGAGAAGGUAUUUAUAUUACUAUUGAUGGAAAAAGUAGAAAAGGAAUUUGGUUAGAUGGCAAAUUAACUAAAUGGAUUAAAUGA